UUUCUCUCUCCGCUAUUUAAAUAGACAAAGGAUUAAUGAAAAAGUAGAGAGAUGAUGAUGUUAGACUCCAGAAGCAGUAUGAGAGAUUCAAACUCAAUCCUUGAUCUGUCUCUUCAGAUCAGCCUUCCUAACUCUCACGCCGGAGAACUUCUUCACGGCGGUGACCGAAGCUCCACCACAAGUAGUGAUUCUGGAAGCAGUCUCAGUGAGUUGGGCCAUGAGAACAACUUCUUCAACAAACCUCUCCUAAGCUUAGGUUUUGAUCAUCAUUAUCGUUAUCAAAGGCACUCAAACAUGAUCCAACCACAAAUCUACGGUCGAGAUUUCAAGAGAAGCUCAUCAUCAAUGGUUUGUCUUAAACGAAGCAUUCGAGCUCCAAGAAUGAGAUGGACUUCUACUCUCCAUGCGCACUUUGUCCAUGCUGUUCAGCUUCUUGGCGGCCAUGAAAGAGCUACGCCUAAAUCAGUGUUGGAGUUGAUGAAUGUGAAGGAUCUAACCCUAGCUCAUGUCAAGAGUCACUUGCAGAUGUAUAGAACAGUGAAAUGCACUGAUAAAGGAUCAUCAGGAGAAGGAAAGGUAGAGAAAGAUACAGAGCUGAUGACAGAGGACAAUAAUAAUAAUGAAGAAGCUGACGAAGGAACUGACACAAAUUCGCCAAACUCAUCAUCUGUGCAAAAGACCCAAAGGGCUUCUUGUUCAUCCAAAAAGAGAGUGUGUAUGAACAUAUCUACACAAGCAGAACCUCACUUGGGAUCAACUCGUCACACUAAUGAUGAUGGGAAGAAAGAGGCGAUCAACGCUCAUCUCAAUUUGGAAUUCACAUUAGGCCGGCAAAGUUGGGGGAUGGACUAUUCGGAACCCUUAAGAGAUCUAACUCUUCUCAAGUGCUAAUCGUUUAGCUUGGAGAACUACAACAAAUAAGUCAGCUUAGGUUAUCAAUUUAACAUAAUUAACUUGUUUGAUCGUAAUAGACAUUGGAAGAAUCAUUAUCAUCAUAUAUGAAUUUCUUACAAAAAAUGUUCUCAUUUUUUUUUUUGGGAUGUAAACAAGAGAUUCGGAUUAAGUAGUAGCUAUGUUAUGGUUGUAGUGGAUGAGAAGGGAGUGCAAGUUCAAGUAGAGAUGAACUUAUGAUUGGUUGCCACCAAAUAUGCAUGGUGGAUUUGUUGGUAGUUUUUUUUUAUGUUUUCAUUGACUGCUAUUCAUAUUGUCGCAGUGAAUAUAUAUUUAAAUGAUUUUGUUUUGAUUCUUUGUCUUGAUUUGGAUUAGAAAGUAGAAUUCGGCAAAACUAGA